UGUGUGUGUGUGUGUGUGUGUGUGUGUGUGUGUGUGUGUGUGUGUGUGUGUGUGUGUUGCAGAGGGAGCUGCUGGAGAUGAGAGCUCCGACUGCUGCUCAGAGGAAACCAAAGUUUGAAGGAGAACCCAAAAAACCCCCAGUGAGUGGGUAUCAGAUGUUCUCCCAGGAGCUGCUGACCAAUGGGGAGCUGAACCACUUCAGCCUGAAGGAGCGCAUGGUGGAGAUCGGGAAGAGGUGGCACAAACUGAGCCAGAUCCAGAAGGACAAGUACAAGAAGCAGGUGGAGGAGCAGCAGGGGGUCUACAAGGUGCUGCUGGAGGCCUGGAUACAGGGUCUGUCUCCUCAGGACCGAGCCGUCUACACGCAGUUCACCUCCACCAAGCGGCGCAGCAGCACGAAGGCCCGCAGCCCCCCCCCCUCUAAGGUGUGUGUGACAGUGAAGAAGGCGGCGAGCAGCCGAGCGACAGCACAGACCCUCAGUGUGAAUAAGAGGAGCAUGGCCUACCGAGCCAAG